AUCCACGAAUCCAAUAAAGAAAAGCACAACUAUUAAGGCGGAACGUGAUGCAAGGUAUGAUGAUGAGCCGGGGUGGCGGCGGAGGACAAAGGACCGUGCUGAUUACAGGAGUGAGCAAGGGCCUCGGCCAGGCCCUCGCCCUUGAGUUUGCCAAGCGUGGCCACUCCGUCAUUGGCUGCUCCCGCUCCCAAGACAAGCUCGACUCCCUCCGCUCUCUCCUCUCCUCCUCCUCGGACGCCGCCGACUCCUCUCACCUCCUCCUCAACGUCGACGUCAGAUCAAACAGCGGCGUCGAGGAGCUGGCACGUGUGAUCAUGGACAAAAAGGGCGUUCCUGACAUCAUAGUCAACAGUGCCGGGACCAUCAACAAGAACAAGAAGAUUUGGGAGGUCCAGGAUGAGUUCGACGCUGUCAUCAACACCAACGUCAAAGGUAUUGCCAACAUGCUGCGUCACUUCCUCCCGCCCAUGGUUCAGCGCAAGCGUGGCAUCAUCGUCAACAUGUCUUCCGGCUGGGGCAGGUGCGGCGCUGCUCUGGUUGCCCCUUAUUGUGCAUCGAAAUGGGCAGUAGAGGGUUUGAGCAGAUCGGUUGCAAAGGAGUUGCCCGAGGGGAUGGCGGUCGUCGCACUUAAUCCCGGCGUGAUAAACACUGAUAUGCUGGUUUCCUGCUUUGGCGAGUCAGCCUCCCAAUAUGAGACACCUGAUGCAUGGGCUGUGAAGGCCGCUAAUACUAUACUGAAUAUUACAAGGGCAGACAAUGGUGGAUCCCUUACCGUGAGGCAAUGAUCUGCAAUCGACAACUUUGGAGACCAAACUCAGGAUUCACCCCCCUCAAGGAUUAAAUUGCAGUCAAUUCUAAAUUCCCAAUCUUGGUAUCUCAUUCAAUAGCGACAAUUGUCUAGAAUGUUUAUAUGAAAAUCUUCAAACUAUAUGAUUGCACACAACACAUUUGGGGAGUAGCGAAAUUUCCUCAUUUAAUUGU